AUCACUUCAGACUUCAGAUCUCUAAGAGCAUUUGAAACCUUCUCAUCUAUCUCCAAACCCUACACACACAGGUAAGGAGAGUCCUAGAGUUCUUUAUUUUUCAGGUUAUGAGGUGCUUGACAAAUAUAUUUGUGUAUGCUUUUUUAAAGGUAGUUUAGUAACUUUAUUCUUGACUUUUCAGAGAUGCAUCUCUCUGUCCUUUUUGUGCUGGGCAUCAGCUUGAUGUCUGCUCACUCCAAACCAGCCGGUACGUCUGCAGCAGUUUUUGACAUUUUUCUCUGAAUUUGACUCUCGUAGUGCUGAUCAGGUUGAACGAAUCCUGUCAUGUUAAUGCCCAUUUUAAAGAGUGUGGUACUUUCUUUGCAGGAUUUAGCAGUUCUCUCCUUCAGAGUUGUUUUGAGGACGCCAAGAAAAUUGUGGAUGAUGCAUACAAGUACUCCAGAGAAGAGUGAGUACUUGUUGCAUGAACAUAUGGAGCUAAUGGGUUGACUGGGUGUGUUUGGGAUACACAAAGAUGUGGCAAAGUGCUUUUUUUAAUAUGCAUAAUUUUCUUUAAAUUUAAGUCUCUGUAUGUCUGUAAAUCGUCAAGCAAUGAAAUAAUUAGAUAAGGUGAGAUUUAAUCAGCUUUUGUAAGCAAAUUGAGAAUUUAAGACUAGAAGAUUGAGUGAUUGGAUGAAUAUAGCAAACCUGUUUUUUUGACUGCUUGUGUAAAUGAGCUUUCUAUCAAAAGUCAAAUUUCUUCCAAGAACAAAACACUUUUGAUUAAACUUUUUUCACUUUUUAUCUCGUAGGAGUCUGAGACGAGUCCGCAGGGAGGUGGUACGUCCACACGACGCUCUCCGUCUCAUGAAACAGCCUCGUGCCCUCACCCGUCAAGCUGUGAGAUCUGCUGACUACAUGUCCCAAACCCUCCGUCUGCUGCACGAGAGGGCACCUCACGUUCACAAACGCUCCCUGAACGCAACAGGUCAGGAAACAAAGACAACACAUCCACGCAAACACAGUUGUCACAUUGUUACUGUGACAUUUUUUUUCCCCAUUCUUGGUUGAACCUGUACGGGGUCCUGUUUCAUAAUGUGGUCACAGAAAACACUUUGAAGUUGUAAUUAGGUCUUGACAAAGACAGCAGACAGCAGACAUGAACCUAGUCAAGGUAUCCUGUGCUGUUUGUUUUUUCAGAUCUGCUCACUGAAGAGGACCUGAUGAAGCUCGCUGAAAUAACCGGAUGUUCAGCUCAGGUCACUUUACCUGAAUGCCGCACCACACAAAACCUCGACAAGUAUCGCACAGCCACCAGCGUCUGCAACAACUUGUAAGAGAAACAUAUAAGAAGACGUUUCUAGGACUAUGUUUUAAAUUUGCUAUAAAGAUGAAAUUAGGAUUUUUUUUUAUUUCAAAUCUACAAAAACGUAAUUGAAAAUUUUUUAACAUAGAACACAAUCUUAAUGAUCAGCUUCUGCUGCUUCUUUUGUGGUCUUGCUUUCCUGAAUUUGAAGGAAAUACUUGUGAAACUUCUUAGGCAAUUCACCACAGAAGGUGUCAACACUGAAACGCUGAAAUUUCUCAAACAGCAUUUCCAAACUUGAACGUCUCUUUCUCACCUUCAGAAAAAACCCGCGUUUCGGAGCCUCCAACACACCCUUCGCCCGCUGGUUACCCGCCGAAUAUGAUGACGGCGUCUCUGAACCGAAAGGGUUUCAAUUGAACCGGACGUUUAACAACUUCAUGCUCCCACUGGUACAGCCCUCAGAAUCCUGCAACUGUUGUAUUGAUUGAUAUACAUGAUGGAUUGUUCAAACUGGAAAACUGAAAUAAAUUCUUCUUUUCUCAGGUGCGACAGGUGUCCAACAACAUCCUCAGCACAACAGAUGCAGGCGUGGUCAACGACACAGAGUUCACUCACAUGGUGACUUUGUUUGGACAGUGGAAUGACCACGAUCUCACCUUCACACCCUUCUCCCCCAGCAUCGUCUCCUUCAGCAAUGGGAUAGAAUGUGAAGAAAGCUGUGAGAGAACUGAGCCGUGCAUCCCCAUAAGGGUCAGUGUGACAAGUCAAACUCAAAUGUUCAUUUUCUUGUUUCCACUUAAAGAUUAGAUCUGUAACCUUUGAUUCAUGCGUACCCAACAGAUCCCUCCCAAUGACCCUCGCUUCCCUACCGGCCCAGACAGUUGCAUCCCCUCCUUCAGAUCAGCCCCGGUUUGCGGAACAGGAUUCUCGGCCUACAACUUUGGUGGGGAACCCAACAAGAGAGAGCAGAUCAACGCUCUCACAGCCUUCCUGGAUCUCGGCCAGGUCUACGGUUCCGAGGAGAGUCUCGCUCUGUCUCUUCGCAACCUGAGCAGCGACGACGGCCUGAUGCGCGUGAACACAGAGUUCAAAGACAACGGCCGUGAGCUGCUGCCCUUCCACCCUCUCCAGGUGAACAUGUGCGCCACACGCAGAAGGACGACCAAUGACAGCAACGCCAGAGAGGUGCCCUGCUUCAUUGCAGGUAAGUCAACUUAAAAGUUCAAUCACAGCAAAGGUCGUGAUCCGAGGGAGUGAGUGCAAUGAGUCUCGGAUCACCCUUUUCCGAUCAACUCUAAAAACCCAAACCCCUCUCUCUCUAAGGUGAUGUCCGUGUUGACGAGAACAUCGCUCUGACUUCUCUUCAUACGUUGUUCCUGCGGGAGCACAACCGCCUGGCUCGUCAGCUGAAGAGGUUGAAUCCACAAUGGGACAGUGAGACCCUUUACCAGGAAGCCCGCAAGAUCAUGGGUGCCUACACACAGGUAGGUACACCUGAAGGCCAGUUAGCAUUCACAGCUACAGUCAUACACUCCACUGUCUUUCCCAGAAAAUAAGUUUCUGUCUCUGUCUCUCUAAGGUGUUUGUGUUCAGGGACUAUCUGCCACAUAUUGUGGGUGACAGAGCAAUGGCGACACUGCUUGGGCGUUACCCCGGCUACAAUCCCAACGUUGACCCCAGCAUCGCAAACGUCUUUGCAACAGCAGCUUACCGCUUUGCCCACUUGGCCAUUCAGCCAGUGCUAGGUCGUCUUGACGCUAACUACAGGGAGAACUCUCAGUUCCCCAGUGUUCCCCUCUAUGAGGCUUUCUUUGCGCCCUGGAGAGUCGUCUUUGAAGGUGAGUAAUUCAGAGAUAAAUACUGUAACAUGUCAGUCAACUCUCUCUUAAACUUGCAACCUAAUCUUGGUUUUCUCUCUCUCUCUCUAAAGGUGGCAUUGACCCUCUGCUCCGUGGUUUGGUCGGCCGUCCUGCUAAGCUGAACACCCAGGACCACAUGAUGGUGGACGCCAUUAGGGAGAGGUUGUUCCAGUUUGUGCAGCAUCUGGCUUUGGACCUGGGCUCUCUUAACAUGGAGAGAGGACGUGACCACGGCUUGCCUGGUACAUCCCUUCCUCUGGUUUCUGCCUUUCAACCCUUUUUUCAAUCUAUGUCUUUCCUCACAGUCCUAAUUUACUCUCUUUUUGUUGUUUUGAUUCAUCUAGGCUACAACGCCUGGCGCAAGUUCUGCGGCCUGUCUACACCCAGAAACCAGGCAGAACUUGCUCAGGUCCUUAACAACAGUGACUUGGCCGCUAGGCUGCUGCGGCUCUAUGGUACACCUGACAACAUUGAUACCUGGUUGGGAGGUGUGGCCGAGCCGUUUGUGCGUGGCGGUCGUGUUGGGCCUCUGUUCGCCUGCCUCAUUGCUCAACAGUUCAAGAAGAUUCGCCAAGGAGACAGGUCAGAACAUUAGCAUCUUUAAUACUGUGUGUAAAGCUCUGAUCCUGCCGGCGUGGACGCACUUACCUCUUUCCUUGCUCUCCUUGUUUUAAACGGUUAGACUUUGGUACGAGAACCCGGGUGUCUUCAGCUCUCGCCAGAGACGGGCCCUCUCCUCAGCUUCACUGUCAAGGAUCAUUUGCGACAACACAGGAAUCACCUCCAUCCCCGCUGAUCCCUUCGCCGUACCAUCACGCAGGAACCUGUUCGUCAGCUGCUCCAGCCUUCCACGACUGAACCUGUCAGCCUGGAGAGAGAGGCCCUGCUCAGGUGAAACAGCACGGGUCCAGACUCAUUAACCUUUAGAAAGGGGGGCACCAUUUUCACAAUCAUUUGUCACCAACUGUAGUUUCACCUGGUGUGUGUUUAUUUCUUCUCUAACCCCUUUGUGCGGACAUCGUUCUUCAUGUGUGGUGUUUAAUCUUGCAGGACCAGGUGGUAGCUGUACUGAAGUCAGUGCAACAGAGGUCGGUUUUAAAUACUAACACUGAGUUUUCACAUUUUAUGAGCACCAUUUAGCCACACUUUCUGAAAAAACGUGCACAUUCAAAUCAUUCAGCACCUCUUGUACUUAACCUUUGGUGAAAGUAAAUAACAUGUAACAACAAUUUUUCACGAGUUUUAACUAUUAAAUGUUUCUGAUGUACAGAGUGUGAGCGACUCGGACCUCCCGGACCACGGGGGCCUAGAGGACAACGAGGUACUUUUUUCAAUCAACCUUUGACAGCUGAAUUUCCUCUGAAUGGUUUAAAAUGUUGUAAUAUUUUAAUGUUACACAUGCUGUGUUAAGUCACUGACUUACACUUUUUCAGCAUUUUCCAUUAUAGGCUACGUAUUGUAUGGGUUAAUUCUGAUUGCAUAAUUUAAUGUGUGCACUCAGCAAUACAAACCACAAAACAUAGAAAAUGUCUGAGGAAUUCAUUAACAGUGCAUUUGUGUUAAAAACUUUGUCUUUAAAGAGGAAAAAAUACACCAAGAACAAAAAGUGUUCAUAAUAAUAGUGAUAAUAAUUGUUUUAUUUUUAGCUAUGCAUCACUCAAAACAUUGAAGCAGUUCAGAAAUACAUGUAAAUAAUAAAGUAAAGUAUAUAACUGUGUACUGUGUAUUCUAUGAGCACUUUGAAUAAACCUUUUCCUGUGUAUCUUUGCAGGUCUAGCUGGACCCCCUGGACCAAGAGGCCCCAGAGGCCCCCCCGGAUAUAUAGCACUCAACGUUAAUGCCUCACAGCCGCUAUCUGCCUUCUCCGUCCUCCUGGGCAAGUACAGCUUAAGCUCAGAGAGAAUCAUUUACUUCCACCAGGUCAUCUACAACGAACAGCACCAUUACAGCACAAAGACCGGCAUGUUCACGUGCGUCAUCCCCGGUGUCUACCAGUUCAGCUUUACUUGCAUGACCUACAAAAGUACAGGAAGCAUGGACCUUAGAUGUAACAACCAGGUGGUGCUGCACAGUUACCCUGUUUACCAGGGAGGCCGCCACAUGGCUUCAGGAGACACCGUGCUCCGGCUAGAGAAGGGAGACAACGUGUGGGUGGAGGCCAAAGAAGGGACCAAAGGCCUGAGCACUAAAAGCCACUUCUCAGGACAUCUGCUCUUCGCUGUGUGACACAAACGCGUCUUCUUCAGGCUGAGCCUCCACCCUCUAAUGCACUAGUUCUCUGUCUGCUUUAGGAUCUCUUUCAUGACUGCACCUUUUUGCACUGAACCUCACCUAAAAGUAAUCAGGUUAUAGCAAAUUUCUAAGAUAGUUUGAUUUAUAAUCUUAUCUUUGUUCCUCGGAGUAGGAUUAAGCUUCAGCUGACAAACGAACAUGUUCAAGUCUCUGAAACACCAACAAAAAUUUUCAUGAGCAGCUAAAUAAACAUGAAUGACUCUGAUUACAGCAAAUCCAGUAAACUGUUACAGUAUGCAGUCUAUUUUACUAUUUAAUAUCAUCAGUAGCUAGAUUGUGAUGGUGGAAACACCGGUAUUUUAAUGAUAUUUUUAUGCACUGGUGAAAUAUAGACAUGUAUCUUAAAUGCUGCAUUGUGCUUUGACUGUGAGGCUAUUUCUAUUGUAACUUUCAAAUGUGUUUGUGUUUUGCAUAGAUAAAUAAACUAAGCUGCAAUUAAAA